AUGUACAAGGUGAUGGAGAUCCAGAAGCUGUCAGUGACUUCAAUCCUAUCAUUCCAGCUAAUAAUACACCAAAGUAAUACACCAGAGCCCCUUGAACCUGUAAUGGUUAGCACCUGCCAAACAUUAGAUCAGGCUUGGAAUGAUAAUUCAACUGUAAAUUUGGCCUCAAACUUUAUUGGCUCAGGAAAAAUAGACACUUGCAAGCGAUGGGACAAAAAAAACAAAGUUUACAUUCAAGUCCAAAGACCUGAAGUUGUUCAAAGAUACAACAAGAGUAUGGGAGGAGUGGAUAAAACAUCUAACAAAAAACGUGGCAGACCAUCCAGUGAAACACCUCCUCCAAUAGCCGCUAAGAGACAGAAUGCUAUCAAACCGGUAGACGAUGUCAGGUGGGACGGUAAAAACCACCUAACUUCAUUUGAUGACUCUAGGAAUAACUCUAGGUGUAAAAACCCUGGUUGCAAGCAGAAAACCUUUGUAAUGUGCACAAAGUGCUCAGUCAACUUGUGUGUUGCUAGAAACAGGAACUGUUUUUUUGACUUCCACAGCAAAUAA